UGUUGAGGUUGGGAUCGUAUUAAGGUUAACUAGUCUACAAGUCAGUAUGUCAAUAUCUUUUGGUGCACUGGUGGGAUGAUGUGUUGAAAUGAGAUCCCUUGUGCAAUGUUUUUGUUGUCGCACUAGCAGCAUGAUAAAAUGGAGGUAGCUGCGCGAGAACCGAUCGUGCUGAGUCGGCAUGGUGGUGCGAGGCAGGAUCUUCGUCUUGUGCGAAGAAGAAGUAGGAGACUAAGAAACCUACAUCUAGAUCUAGUAAAUGCACAAGGACAAGACAGACGAGGAAGUGUCAGAGACGGCAGGACAAGUAGAAAGUCCUCCGUUCUUACAAUACCAUCGGCAAUGAGGAUGGGACGAGAUAUUGGAUUAGACCCUGGCUCAGGCGCGACUUGUUGUAGCAUCUCUAGGAGCACAGCGAGAAGAAAAAGAAGUAAAAGAAACCGUCCAGUAACUCGCACUUCUUCUAGUAGAACAACUUCAUCGGUUUGCUCGGGGAUCGUACUCGGAGUACUGCGUCGUUGUGCGGUGAUGGAAGCAGCUCUUCUCCUGACUACAUUGGGUGGGGGCGCAGCUGCGACAGUAGUACAAGGAUCGCUGGAUCUCGUCCCAACCACGACAGCAUCGCAUCGACCGCAUAUAAUCGUGCGGCCCCAACCAAAACGGAGGAUCGGUCGCGAUGGUCUUGACUCUCUUUCUCAGGUGCGAACAUUGGAACAAGCAGAAGGUGAUCACGAUGAUGUCGAUACCGAAGGGGACCACGCUGCUGGGCAUGCUCAUGACGAUGAUGACGUGAUGUUCGUAGCUGAUGAAACAUCUUCACCAAGGCAGAAAAGUAGAGGUGCGCAUCGGAGUAAACCUUCGUCCUCAGCAGAGUGGUCAUGGGAAGUCAAGAAAGACGAGCUUGGCGCCGCUUCCAGUUCCAGCAAAAAGACUGCAAGAAAUGCUGUGCGGCAUAUUUCUUCCAAGACGAGACGGAGGAGCAACGUGCGGCAUGCAAAGACUAAGGGACCAGCAGUAGCUGAAGCUGCAGCGGUCCAAAUGCAACCCCGCGGACGUAGCUUUUCAAGCGAUCAGCGCCCUCACAAAGGCAACUUGGCAGAUGGCAUAGCUCCUCAUUUAGAUUCAUCUCCUACGGGUGACCGAGAUCGACGAGUGGGCGCAGUAGGCCCCAUUCUAAGCGAACUUGACGGUUCCUCCAUCGGUUCUGAGAAAACUUCUUUGGACGAUGUUGAAAGUAGCAGAACUUCACCUGAGCAGCCAGAGAUGAUGUACGAGCAGGAAAAAAACAAUCAGCACAAAAAGUCUUCGUCUUCACCCUUUUUGGUCUCUUCUCUACUUCAUCCGCUGGGCCUGGAAACCGUCUUCUCCAGUCUUUCCUACGGUCUUCGAGACAUGCUUCAAAGUGACGAUGGCAAGCAGGAGGACAUCAAGCAGAAUGAGCAGGCGCAAGUAGAAGCGGCUGGUGCCGCCCUCUCAUCGACGACCCAUACGGGGAGGACAGGUGCUUCAUCAAGACCCGAGAGAAACGCUGCCGCCUCUUCCGUCCUGCUAGAACGCAGUGAAACGCAGGAUGAGUACGACGAUGAGGAGAUUCUCGAUGAGCUUGAGAGUCGUGUGCAACGAGACGAAGAGGAGCUAGCGCAGUUCCGUAAAAAGCAUCAUCUUGUUCAGAACGAUCGGAUGAAAACUCAGAAGCAUACCGCUGGAAGCACUACUUCCAUCAUCUUUUCGAAACCUUCGUCCUCCUCUUCUACUCCUCUCAGUCGCGGGGUGGUCGCCGAUAACGGCGUCCCUGCGUCUGAGUCUUUUAGGGCAUCAAACCGAGGAGCAAGACGAACGAAUUCAAACCUGUUACCAGAGGAAGUGGAGGCUGGAGUUGCAGUAGGUCUGUUUUCUAAAGAGGAUCAUGAACAUCAAGACAGCGCGACGUUGAGUAGGCGCAUGAAAAAGGGCCAUGACAGAAGGAGAAACAGGACGAAGAGUAGUAAAAACAAGUCUGGUGCGGAAGAACACCAUCAGGACGUGGUGGAUGAUCAUGUAAUAAUUCAGAAAGCCUCCGCGGCGCCCGUACCUGUGGAACUGAGCAACAAUCAGAAUCACAACCAUGAUCCUAACCAAGUAAAAGUAAUCUUCGAAAAAUCCGGUGCAUCUCAAGAACACUAUGUCGAACUCGGACAUCAGAACAGCAAGCGCAGUACCACCAUGCGGACGUAUGUCACUUCCGAGGCGCCACUAGAGGCGCCACCGGAUGUUCCGUAUCACUUGCCUUCGCAACAGAACCUCAUGCGAGUUGUGAGUGAUGCACCGAAAGCUUUCAUGGAUUUCGUUUCAAACGGCUUUGCAAGCAUUCACGCAUUUUUUUCAGAUGAUGUGGACGCUUCUUCGGAGGAGGAUGUUGACGUGGAGCAGUCUAGCACACCUGAAGAUGAUACUAAGCAACCUACUACAACUAGCGACGAGGACGACGCAACUGUAGUAAGAAAGGUCAUCAGGAAAGCUUCUGGUGUUAUAUCCAAAAAAACUUCUACAGCAUCACGAAGUAAAAGCAGACGAGCAAAAAGUAACGGAGAUAGGGUUUUGUUUGAUGUAGCUGACGGGAACGAUCUUGUUCGCGACAAAAGCCAGUCGUCAUCUUCCAAUAGUGAUAGAGUUGUGCUUGGUGUCGGCGAACAAGAAGAGGGGCAAAAACGGCAGAAAAAGGCAGCGUCGCACAGAAUUGUGUUCGAUUUCGAUGCCGGAAAAAAGGAACAUCUUCAGACGAGAAGCGCUGUAACACCAAAUCACCACCAAAAUAAGCAGCAUCAUGAGCAUCUUCAUUCUGUUCACGCUGACGAUGGAAACCUAGCCGCGGGGCACAAGAAGAACACUAGAGAGAAACAACCGCAACUGGAAGAUCAGGGCAAAAGCGAAAUUCAACUUCUGCGUGACGAUAAUCUUGUCACGGUCGCCGAGCAAAUGCAGUCGCAGAAGGACCACGGCAACGAGGAGGAGAAAGCAACUUUGACGCCCACAACAACGUUGUCGGACGUCAGGCAGAUGCUGGAUAGUAAACCGUCGUACGCAUUAGAUGGUGCACUUUCAGCCAUCGACACAGGACUAGCACCACACGAAAAACGUGGACCGCUGGGACAGUUGUCGUCCGUGAUUCCUAAGAUCGAUUUGUUCGAGAAAAGCCGUAGCGACUCUAGCACGACGGAAAACGAGGAUCAUAAUUUCUCUCCUGCUGAAGAGGAUGUCAACACCCAAAAUAAACUGAUGUCCGCUGCUGUGGCCUCCACUGCAGCUCUUCUGCACACGCAUCACCACCGCGCUGACUCAGCAGGUAACGCUAAGCAUGCAGGUGCAGGUCAUGGGCUACAAAUCAAUCUCCAGGAAGUACACCACAGCGAUACUAGCGAAGACAAUAAAAGCAAACCGACAAGAGGAAGGCAACAUCAGAAAAUCAACCUGCACGAAAACGAGUACGAGGCUGCGGCACAUCUUCGCGGUGAAACACGUGAGCAGGUUAAGGGAGCAAGUGCUACCACUUCUACCAGCGAUGAAGAAGCUACAACGGAUAGCGAAGGCGUCUAUCUCGCUGGAUCCGGCGUGGACGAGAAUGAACCGUACUUCCACAAUCAGGAUGACUCUUCCGUGUUGGACCUCUUCAAUAACGAAGAGCAUAGUACCAGCAAGACGCUGGCGGAGCAAGCUGCGAUUAGUCUGGCGAAGAGUGACGACUUCAUCAACCAGGUUGCCGCCAAAUUGCAGUUCGUGCAUGACUUGAAAGAUGACAUCGCCACUGACAAGGAGUUCUUUCUUUUUGUGGUGGAACAAUUGAAAACGAGUCACCUCUUUCACGAACUAGUGCAGUGGAAAGCGCGAAACCACAUUGCCGACAAGAUCCGGUCUAUCUGGAAGCCGUUCUUAAACCGGCUGGCCUUCCGCGUUGCUGUUGGGGUAUUCAGCACAUCGUCAUGUUGUCUAGUACUGCACUCUGCGAGCAGCGUUGGGAAGUGUAAAAGAUAUCAAUAUCUUUAUCAUCAACUACAUUUACUUCAAGAACAGGGUUGGCGCUGUUGUACAUCGAUGCAUUCAUCUUCUAACUUCAGCUUUUUUUUUGAGGAAGACUUUCUUUUUGUCUACAAUGAAUCUUCAGAUCCAUGACUCCGAUUCGUGGGCCGAGACCAUGACAGCAGGAUUUUUGGGUCUUCCGACCACAGGCGACGAGGUGGCUACGAUCGCUCCAGAAUCCUUUUUUCAAACCCAUUUGGAAAAUUCGGUUAGCGAAUAUCACAGAGCCAAAGCACUGGGACGCAAGAUGAAUGUUGACAAGCAACGUGGUCGUGAGGAUGCGCACCGUUCGAGGUCUUCGGAUACAAAUGUGAUGUCUACGUCUAGUACGCAGUCCGCGUCGGAGUCAGAUGAAAAUAUCUGGCCGUUUUCGAAUUUGCCGAUUCUUCCGAAUGCGUUCGGCGGAUCGACAGGUGCCAUCGAGAGCUCGUCUAGCGCGAACAAGAACAAAGCUGAUCAAGAAAAAUUCGAUCUUGCGAUCAGCGGAGGACAGGCGCAACAUCAGCCUACAUCUUUUUAUCCGUCAGGUUCGCGCUCCCCCGUGGUUGCAGCAGUGCCAAAGGCAGCCACGACCUCUUCUAACAAUUAUCCAGAACAAGCCACUUUGCACGAAGCGCAACUGCGGCAGUUGAACGCCGCGGCAGCCAAAGAAGAACAGAUGGCUAUGAAUGCAGCUGCAACGGAAGCGAACGAAAUCCUGCGUGGUUCCACAAUUGACAAAGCCAUCCAGAACAGCAUGAGCACUGCGGUAGAUGAAUCAGCGACGGGCGCUGGUAAGGCUGACACCCAAGAGUUGACCAAAACUGAACGCGUAAGAGAGCGGUUGGUGGCUUAUGUUCACGGUAUAAAAAAAGAAGCGGCUAAUUAGUAGAAGCAGCUAGCGUCGACAGACCACUCACAAUCCAACAACAAGCUAGACUAGCGGGUAGAACUCGUCUGGGAAAUCUUAGGCAGCUCGCCGAAUAGAUUCAAUUCAUCAAUUAGUAGCUAUUGUUUAGAUUGUAGUUGAUAGUUGUUCUCGUUGGCCAUGUGAGUUCCGUCGUUGAGUAGUUUUGCUUACUUCUUUUCCUUGUCCUGCUUCUUGUGCGUGUCUUUGUCGUUUUGUAGAAAGAUGGUGUAAGUAAAAAGUGAUUUAUAGUGAAUGAUUUUCCCCUUGGCAUUUCAUCUCGGUGUCCACUUCAUGAUUAGCAGAUGCGCAAAUCGAAAGCAAAGGCGAAGCAGAAUGGAAUGCAACGAUUGCGCUUGGAGACGAUGCAAAACGCGGCGGCGGCGGCGGAACCGAACAAAUUUGUCAGGACCGUUGCCCGGCUGAUCGAGAAAAUAGGCGAAUCUGACAGCUGGGACGCUAAAAAAUUUCCUGCGAGAGUUGCUUCGAGAAUCGAGCAUGUCUCAGGCUUUGCCACGAACCUGAUGAGCGUCGCGUCUAAGAGAAAAGCUUUCGUCGAAAAGAUCUCUCAUCAGGUACGAAAGUGAUAAUGAACAUCAUCAUCAACAUCGUGAACAUGAAGAUGAGUUGAUGACCAUAGUACUAGUACUAGAUCGUGAAGUUGUUUUUUGAGCACCCAAUUUUCUUGAGUUUGAUUAAAUUUACAGUAAACAGCGAACAAGUUGGUCUUCCCGGCCCCGUCGACCGAGACGAUGAUGAAUCCUCAGCAUCCAUCAAGGCGAUUUUAGAAUUUCUUUCCCAUUACAAUACCACGACAGCUUGAAAUCACUCCGGAGUUUAUCGAAAAGGCGAUGUUGGAUCCGGUCUAUCUGAACGUGAUCGCGGACACGCUGAAACAAGAGGUGAAGUGGCGAGUAGGCAAAAGUCGCGAAUUGGUUUCCAUGGUCACGACUCUGGGAGGCCUAAUUGAGGGGCGGCAUAUGCUCACACUGCAUACGCGCAAUGGAACCAUCGAUGAUCGCAUUUUUUAUGAACGCACGAUAUUUGAUAAUAAUGCUCUAGCGACUAGCUCUAGCUCUAAGGUUACUUAAUGUGGUACAGUGCAGCCGGGCCUUUCUGUUUCUAAUGUUUGGUAGCACGUUCGCAAGUUGGCCCGUUGGAAGACUUCGUGCAACAGAAGGCGACGUGGUUGCGCACACUUGACGGUACUGGCGUCUUAGACCACGCGACCUACGAAGAUGGGGCAUUUCAAGGGGUCCACGUCCAUCCCUCGAGACAACCACCACCCUAUUUUAUGUCGAGUUUCUUCAGUAACAGGAACUGGAACGGUGACUACAGUAAGACUAAUUUUGGAUUUGUUGAUGCUCACCCACCAAACAUUGUGCUUCAACUUCGUCUUCGAUCUUUUCGUUGUUGCACUUCGAUUUGAAGGCUGGUGUAACAUAGUGCCUACAACGAACGUCAAACUCAAUGAAUCCAGUUGUUGUAGUUGUUCGCUCAAUUUUUCUUAUAGAAGUAGCUAGACACAAUAGCUACUAGUACUACUUGAACUUGCGCUGGGCGGCUCUAAGAGUGUGCGUUCUCAUUCGGAAGGGACCUAUCACCCUGGUAUGGAGGACCAGGAAUUGCCCGAUGUGGUGGAUUUGGAGACGUGGAAGCGAGUCCAAAACUCAGCCCCUGGGAACACGCGUGCCUCGCUACGGGUGGUGCGUGGCCCAAACUGGCGCUGGGAACAACCCCUCGACGAGCUCACAACCGCUGACAAAGAACAGAUUCGACAUCACCCCAACGAGAUAGUAGGGGGGAGUCAUGGAACCACGGUAGGAGGAUCUGGAACUAUUGGUGGGGGAAAGAGCGGGAGCAGUCAGCACAUUGUUCAUGAUCAUCACCAUCAUCACCACCACCACCAUCAUCACGAGGACAGCGACAGGCAAGAUGAACAGGAAGAUCAUGCUGACGAAGGUCAUCAGGAGGAACGCAGCGACGAUGAACAUGAUCCUCUACAUGUUCAUGAAGAUGACCAUGACGGAGAUGGACACCGCGAUGAUGACGAUAACUUCUUCUACGAUGAACAAAUUGCUGAAGAAGCAGUUGAUCCUAAUCACAUUUCCUCGCACGCUUCGUCGUCUGCCAAGUCAGGAUCGGAGUCGUCCUCUUCCUCUCUUGUAGGUGGGACAGGAGAAGACACGGCUGAGUCGAGAGGGGCCCAAGAGGUUACCGAAACUGGCGCGUCAGCUGCACACCAUCAUAUAACGUCCGGAACUUCAGGAACAUCAUCUGUCGCUCCUGCACCCACCAGCACGUCUGGACCAAGUACAGCGUCUGAAACCAACAGCGCACACCAAACACGAACAGCCAGCUCGGGCACCGCCCAAGCUCAGGAAGUGGAGAGUAAGAAAAAAGCAGGGGGGACCCAGGAGCAGGCACCGAGGGCUUACAAUGGAGCAGGGAGCACGGCGAAGCAGCAGAGGGAUGUCGCGCAGGGAAUAGUACCUCC